UUCGUUAAAAUUGUUUAAUAGUUUCCUUUAAAAAAUCGUGUCCUGCUAAUAUCACGCUCCCGUGCCGAUAUUCUAUCAUCCAACCAUUGGAUAAGUGAACAAAUCUUAUUUAUGGACGUAGAUGUUUGUUUUUAGUCCGAAAAUAUUACAUUUCGCACAAACUCUUACCCGCUGUCAGGCGACCAUAUUUUAGAGAUCAAUCGAGAAAAUUUGGUCCGGAAUUACAUGGCUACUUUCGCAUCUUAAACAAUACAUCUUAUCAACUCAACAAAACAAUCCUAUCGAAUAAUGAAUACAUCGAAGUUAAUUAGGAUUUGCAAUUCAUCACGAAAGAAGACCUUCGUCAAAAUCAUUCCAACAGUGGCUAAUUUGUUUCAGAAAGCACAACAUUUUUUUAAUGAGGAGUAUGCGAGAAUAGUUUUGGAAGAGGACGGAUCCAGCAUUAUGGAGAAUGACGUUGUGGAUGCAUGUGCGGAUGGAGGAUUAGUACUGAUGUUACUAAAGAAAGAUGAGAGUUGGACUCCAUUUGAAUCAUCGAUCGACGCUGCUUCGAAAGCAUCGACGUUUGUGUAUGAUGACAUUCAAUAUCUGGAAGAAACUUCAAGCGAUCUGAUAAACAAACUUCAUCCAACGAUUGUUAUAGUAGGUUCGACGAGACAAUCAUACUACAUUCAUGCACAGAACAGUAGGGUUAGCGAAAACUUCGAAAGUUUUAUUUUAGCCAUUCAGCAUCUAGUUAUGGUCUAUUUUGUGUAUUAUUUUUCAUAUCCAUCUAACUUAUCUAAAACCUUGGAAUUUUUGCAACUAUAUUUUUAUAAACUUAACCCGUUCAAAGGAUCUCGAUCAAAGGCCACAUUAGUCGGGCAGCAGCAACGAUUAGUACGUGCGCUGAUGCUGAAAAUAGCUAAAUUUAAAAGCACCGUAUAGACAUGUUUGUUAUAAACAGACAAUCGAAAUGAUGCAUACAGCUGACAAACUCUGUCGAAAAAAUCCGUACACCAUGCGGACUGUGUGCAUGACCGUGGUAAACGAUCGCGAUUCGUUGCAGCAGGGUGUACGGAUUUUUUCGUCAGAGUUGAUCAGCUAGCAUACCUAUAUAUUAGAACUGCUCAUUCAUUAUAUUGAUAUUAUAUGGUAUUACUCGAAUAAUAGUGUUUUGCCCUCCAUGUCAAGGAUGCCCUCCUAUUCUUGGAUACGAAAAUGAUUUAUACAGUAAUAUUUCGAUUAUAUCACGCCUAGUUAUAUAUACAGGUGGAUGUAUAUAUGUAUAAAACAAUAUAGAGCUACAUGUAUAUACAGUCAUUUAAAUAUAUACAUACUGAUUUACAUUUUCAUACUUUGAUUCGUACAUAUACAUAUGUAUAUACACAGAUACAUGCAUACAUAUAUGGAUAUAUAAGCGUGAUAUAAUCGAAACAUUACUGUACUUCAAACGGUAGGGUAGGGAAAAUUAGAAAGACGACCAGAUUUUCAGCUAAUGCAAAAUUCAAUAAACGUGUUCAAUGUAAUAUACAAAACGGCACUGUAACAUGCAAGAAUUAAUCCUUCAAUUUCUUACAAAUUACGUGUAUUUUUCCAUACAAGUCUUGUCACGUCAGGGAAGCUUGAUCAAGUAUACAAUUAUGUUUCGAAAAUAUAGACACGUUUUUGCUAAUAAUUGAGAAGUACUUCACAGCAAGUCUCCUUAGUUUCCUAUAACUUAUUUAAUCGAUUAUAAUAUAACCAAGUGUUGUAAUUAUUACGAAUUAAACAGCUGGGUAAUAUGCAAAGUGCGAAACAUAUUUACAAAAUGCUGCAUUGAUGUCGAUGCAUGUACUCCAAGUGUAGUUUCGGAAGGAUCGAAUGUUAGCUGAAGAUUAUCAUAUAAGUUAAUUAUAUCAACGAAUACGACCCCAGUACAUUGUACCGCCGCGCUAUAGCCUACUUUGCGGUUGGGAGCGCAUCUGGAUUCAACAACUUAGCGGAUUGACCACCUUUUCGUCGAUUUCAGUUUCAGGAUUUGUGUUUACAGAGUAAAGACAAUAUGCAAAGUUGGAGCUAGAACCAACUAUGCAGAAUGCGAGAAAUCACACCACAGCAAAUCAUAGCUUCUAUGUUAGGGUAGAAAAGAGCGAAACUGAACGGAUUAUCAGCCGAUUUUUUGCAGCGAGGCUUUAUAUUGAAAUACGAAAUUGUACAUACAAACAUCAAUUAUACAGCAAUUCAAGGCGCUGCAAAUAUAACCAGAUAUAACGAAUAAUUGCUACACGAAAAUGAUAAAUUUGCGAUAAUCAAAGACAUGAUACUGCAGUAAUAUUAUAUAGGAUAUUGACCUAAUCCUGAUUAAAAAUUGUAGGAAUGACUAGACAAAAAUAAAUUGGUAACUUGACUAGACAAAAAUAAAUUGGUAACGGUAAAUGUUAGCGAAAUUAUGGAGGUUUGGAGAAACAGCAUGCUACCUUUAUUCUUGGAAAGUACAAAGUGAUUCAAAGUUCAUUUUGAGUAAUUACUAAGAUUGAUGUUUGAUUAAAUGUUCAAUAUGCUUAUAUUAUUUUCAGUUACAUGAACCAUGUAUAGCCAAAAGGUCCAAUGCAAUAGUCAUAGUCAUAGCAAAAACUAAACUUGAUUUAACUUUAUUUCGUAUCGUGAUCGAACAAAAAAAAUUAUAAAGAAUUCCAGCAAUCAACUUAUUUAGUCUUUAGUAUUGGUUCGUGAAUCGAGUGAAUACGAAAAUAUA